CUUUCUCAACUUCUUCACACAAAUCCUUUAUAUUUUCUCCCUCCGUACAACACUCUCCCCCAAAUAUUUUGGGUUUUCUUUGGUUUUUUUUUUUUUUUUUUUCUUGGAGACCACUCAUAAAAUUUUCUCUCUCUCAGUCAAGUAAAAGAAGGCCACGCUAGCGUGCUCCCGGCGGUGACCUCCGCCGUCGUCACAACCCUUACACAGGUACCCAUCUGAGAUGAAUAACUAAAUGGGAAGACGAAAGAUGCUCUUGAUUGAGCUUAUUGAGUAAUCAAGUGAUAUUGUAGUAUGGGCCCUGAUUUAGAGCUCAAAGGGAAGUCUAAAGCUGCUAUGGAAGUUUCAAUAAGUAAGGAGAAUGCAAUUGUCCUGCAGGGCCUGGAAGAUAAGCUUCUACAAUGCGCAACUAACUGUCAGGAGACUCAUGACAACACCUUUAGCAUGGAAACAUUGUUAGUUAAGCGAAUUACUGAACAGGAUGGAAGCGAGAAUAUGGAGGUUAAUAUUACAGACUGUACAAAUUCGACUAAUGCUGGAUUGGUUGAAGGUGAAUGCCAGGAUGUGACUGAGCAGUCAAGUUCUUUUGGUGAUACAGAAUCUGGGACAGAGAAUGGCUUAAUGAUGACUGAUGGUGAAGUGGAGUCACGAUUGUUUGCUGGUGAUGCAUCAGCGUCAGUAUGUGAUGGAUAUUUUGAUACACACUGUUUUAAAAGAUCCCUCAAGAAGAAAAAGUUGACAGUUCAUUGGAGGAAGUUCAUACGUCCUCUUAUGUGGCGUUGUAAAUGGAUAGAACUGCAAAUUAAGGAGCUCCAGUCCCAGGCAUUAAAGUAUGAUAGAGAACUUGCAGAAUAUGAUGAAAGAAAGCAGUUUAAAUUUGAAUGCUCCAAAUUCGAAGGCAUUGAUGCAAAGUCUCUACCAUAUUCUAGUCAAAUUUCUAGAAGUAAAGUCAUGAAGAGGAAGAAAAGAAAGAGACUUGAAAGCACAAUUGAUAUAACAUCUUAUAUGUCUCAACAUAACCUGUUCUCUUAUUUUGAAAAUAAGAGGCCUGUUGCUGACAGCACAUCUAUGGUAGAAAAUUAUGGUAAUCUUGAUAAGGUCACUAAUGGCAAUAAUGAAUUCGAAAUAAAUUAUGGAUGGUCAUCUCUUGAGUUUGGUAAUGGUGAUAAUUCUUUUGAAGAAAUCCUUCGGAAGAUUGAAGUGGCACAUUCGCAAGUUCGCAAGCUAAAGGCUCAAAUUGAUAAGGUGAUUGGUGAAAAUCCUGGAAAGUUCUCUUCCAUACAUGAGUGGAGCUUGCUUGUACCAGAUGAUGCAUUGACCAGUUCUGAUCAAAAUCCUGCUUCUCCUCUUGAAAAUGGACAUAGCUUGCUAUCUAGAUCUCUGUUUACUGCAUCUCAGCAUAUGUCCGAGUGUAACAUGGGAGAUACACCUAUGCCUGAAUGUUCAUUUUUGAGUCAUGGAGAGUUGACCCCUCUUCCUAAUAUAAUUGACAGCAUGGAUCAGCCUCAGGUUGGGGUUUUAUGUGCAAAUACUGAGCAGGGAAUUCUGAUACAUAAUCAGGCAGCCAAGGAAGAGUUGGAUGAUUUUGGAACAGUUAGGCUUCAGCUCAUAGAGAAGCCUCAGGUACCAAUGGAAGAGCAGAAAAUUGUUCCUAAAGUUGAGGUUUCAGAAGCUAAUGACUUGCCCUCAGAAACUGCUAUGCCUAAUGUGCAAUCUAAUGUAAAGUCACGUUCCACUUCCAAGUCAAUUUUCCCUAGGAAAACAAGAAGACGGGGGAGGCGAAAGGCUGGCAAAAAUAGGUGGAGCAAGAGACCCUCAGGUUAGCUGGAUUGUGAGAGUUAGGAUAGUUAUAUUUUUGAAAGGAUGGAAAACCAAAAAAAUUCGGGAAGGAUGUCAAGCUGCACCUAGAAUUUGUAUAUGCUGCUUAUUCUGCCAUUUAUCUUCUCUCUGGUGACGAUGAUUUCAAAUAUACAUGUCUGCAAAAAACACAUUUUCUAAUGGAAUCAUGAUAUAUUCUAUUUGGAUGCGCCCUAUUAAUUGA